AUGGCGGCCGCCGCGCAGGGCCCGGGCGAGGGCGCCGGCCUCCCGGGCGCCGAGGCCGCCGAGCCCGAGCGCGCCCCGCGGCGCGGCUGGCGGCACCAGUGCGCGUCCUACGUGCUGGCGCUGCGGCCCUGGAGCUUCAGCGCCUCGCUGACCCCCGUGGCGCUGGGCAGCGCGCUGGCCUACCGCUCGCAGGGCGCGCUGGACCCCCGGCUGCUGGUGGGCUGCGCCGUGGCCGUGCUGGCCGUGCACGGCGCGGGCAACCUGGUCAACACCUACUACGACUUCUCCAAGGGCAUCGACCACAAGAAGAGCGACGACCGGACGCUGGUGGACCGGAUCCUGGAGCCGCAGGACGUGGUGCGGUUCGGGGUCUGCCUCUACACGCUGGGCUGCGUGUGCGCCGCCGGCCUCUACUGCCUGUCCCCGCUGCGGCUGGAGCACCUGGCGCUCAUCUACUUCGGGGGCCUCUCGGGCUCCUUCCUCUACACGGGAGGAAUCGGGUUCAAGUACGUGGCGCUGGGUGACCUGGUCAUCCUCAUCACCUUCGGGCCGCUGGCCGUGAUGUUCGCCUACGCCGUGCAGGUGGGCUCCCUGGCCGUGUUCCCGCUGCUCUACGCCGUUCCGCUGGCGCUCAGCACCGAGGCCAUCCUGCACUCCAACAACACGCGGGACAUGGAGUCGGACCGCGCGGCGGGCAUCGUCACGCUGGCCAUCCUCAUCGGGCCCGCCUGCUCCUACGGGCUCUACAGCGCGCUGCUCUUCCUGCCCUACGUCAUGCUCAGCAUCCUGGCCACGCGCUGCACCAUCAGCCUGGCGCUGCCGCUGCUCACGCUGCCCGUGGCCUUCUCCCUGGAGCGGCAGUUCCGGAGCCAGGCCUUCAGCAAGCUGCCCCAGAGGACCGCCCAGCUCAACCUCCUGCUGGGCUUCUCCUACGUGUGUGGCAUCAUCCUGGCCCCGGCGGGCAGCCUGCCUGGGCUCCCGGGCAGCUAGUGGCCCCGCGGGGCCUCUCUCCAGAAUGU